AUGAGGCUCCAAGACGCGGCAAGGCUGGCGAUCCCUAUACUUUAAUUGACGUACUGAUGGGGCCAGCGAGGCUAACUCGUCGCUGCGCCAUGUCAAGCCAACCAAUGGGGCUGCCGUUGCAAGAUAUGUGGUUGCACUGGGGGCCUCGAAUACAUUCUUGAUCGCCAGAGUGUGCCUGAUCGACAUGGAAGACAGAGUGAAUCGACGUAUGGACAUUCUUCAACAGCGCGAUAACAUCUUACCUAGGAUGCCUGAACUCUGCUAUCCGGAGUAUCAUCAUUGCAAGUCAGCCAUUCAUCAGUCAUGCGGCCCUCGAAUCCAAGGUGUUGUUGUCCUUGAAACUAAUAAGGGGCUUGGCCUGAGCCUCGGUCUUGCUCCAGCAGCCACUCGUUACUGCCAUCAUAUUGUCUUCCUGCCUAGUUCCACAGUACAAAUAAUGAUAUAUAUGUGCACAUCAAUUGGUCUGACCUCUCUUGCAACAUCUACUCAAUCCUUCCAGCGCUCCUUCCAGCGCAACGCUACCUCCCGACCUUGCCAUAUUGCAAGACACCCUCGAAUGUCCAGACAGAUUUACGUCUUCCACUUAGCAAUCGUCAGCCACACAUCCGCCGCACGUGAAGCGAGCGAGGCAGUCCGCCGAUCAGGCGGUAAGAUCGGCUCGCAGCGUCUUAUUCAAGUCGAGCCCACCAAGUCCUUGAUCUUGACGAAGAGCAAACAGCCAACGGGGGUUGACAACGUGCUAAGUCAGGAAGAGAUGGCCGAUGCCUCGCGAAAGACAAUGCCGUUUGGGGCAACGUGGACUGACCCUCCUGGCAAGCGAUGCGAUGGAGCACGUCCACUGACUAGGCAAUGCUUGUGACCUCUCGGACAGCAUACUCGUACAGCCACCAUGACUUGUUCCGCAGCUGAGUUCUUGUGCAGAUCUCGCCAAGUUCUACCCACAAUGGAAGUUGGCUUGACACAUUGUUACUCGUAAGUUGCAUAAUUGCAGGUACUGAGACAACUUCUGUGGGCAUCCUGACUACGCAUUCACGAAGUAAGCCACCCGAACUCCCCCAUGAUGCCUUCUUCAUCCACAUGGUGAGGUUUCAUCCUCGGUCCUCAAUGAUUCCGUUACUGUCCCCCGCAGCGGCCAUAUUCCGCGAGCCUUACCAAGCGUGCAGUGCCUGGAGGAUUGUGAAGAUGGACUUGUAACAAGCAUUGCCAAUUCGCAUCGGAUCUGCGCCAGCGUUGGGC